AUGGUAGUCGCAGUCAGCCAAUACGAGACGGGCGCCUGCUGGCUGGUGACGGGAAUGGACCAAGCUCACUCGAGGACCGAGCAAGAAGACAGGACGCUCGAGACACACGAAAUGAACACCACCGUGCGCAGCUUUUUCCUCUCGGGGAUACAGUACGGGUAUAGAACCCCCAUCUGUGGUCUAGAGAAGUCUGUCGUGGUGGCAUACAUGAAUCAAAUCUUUCCUCACAGAGACAUUGUAGUCAAGUUGGAGUGUGUUGUCCCCCGAAGACUUACGCCCGAGGAGGAGAAUGGGCUCGAGAAGCUCCGCGCCGGAAAUGAUCCUACAGAACAGCACGAGGGCGGAGGUGCAGAUCACGUCAAAGUGAACGGGGGUCUCGAGUCAGAGGGGACGCAGCAGGCGAAAGAAAAGGAGUAUCUCCCCUAA